AAGCUUCCAGUCGAAUGUAUUUUGCAGAAGCCCACUUUCAAAAUGGCUUCCCAAGACCGGCCGGUUUGCCAAAUUUUCUCAUUUCAGGACUGUAAAGCCUCCCCCGACCCGAUUUUUGAACUUCCCGCCCAGUGUCUGACCCCUACACCGGUCCCGAUAGUGAUAGAUAACGGCUCCUUCCAGACCCGGGCCGGUUGGGCGGCUUCAGCGGCCGAGUUUGACUCUCCGCGGCUGCUCUUCAGGUCUGUGGCGGCGCGGAGCAGAGGGGCCGCCCGCAGCGAGACCCAGAUCGGUAACGACAUCCCCAACCUGGAGCCGCUUCGGUGGCUGCUGAAGAGCCAGUUCGACCGAAACGUCGUGGUCAACUUCGAGAUCCAGGAGCUCAUCUUCGACUAUGUGUUUACACAUCUGGGCAUCGCCUCUGAGGGCGGUGUGGAGCACCCCAUCGUGCUCACAGAAGCACCCUGUAACCCGCUGCACUGUCGGCAGAUGAUGUCAGAGUUGCUCUUUGAGUGCUACCGUGUCCCGUACGUCUCCUACGGCGUGGACGGCUUGUACAGUUUCUACCACAAUAACACCCAGAGAAACAUCCGUCCAACCCACACAGGCCUUGUUCUGUCCUCAGGAUACCACUGCUCACACAUCCUGCCAGUUAUCAACGGCAGGUUGGAUGCGGUGAACUGUAAGCGUGUGAACGUGGCUGGGAGUCAAGCAGCAUCUUACCUGCAGCGCCUCCUCCAGCUGAAAUACCCAGGUCACCUCGCUGCCAUCACACUCAGCCGCAUGGAGGAACUGCUGCAUGAACACAGUUACACUGCUGUGGAUUAUCAUGAAGAGCUGGAAAAGUGGCGUAGCCCAGAGUUUUAUGAGCGGGAGGUUCACCGUAUGCAGCUUCCCUUCUCGGGUAAGGUGCCGGGCGGCGGUGUGAGCGUGGAGGAGAGGCAGGAGAGACGAGCUCAGCAGCUUCGACGGCUUCAGGAGAUCAAUGCCCGUCGGCGGGAAGAGAAGCUGCAGCAGGACCAAGAGAGGCUGGACAGACUUCUGGCAGUGCAGGAGCUGCUGGAUGACGGCCUGUUGGAUCAGUUUCAUAAGAGGCUGGUGGAGCUCAACAUGGACUCAGCUGAGGAGCUGCAGUCAUACAUCAACAAGCUGCAGCUGGCUGUGGAGCAGGGAAGACAAAAACUGCUCCACAGCGAUGGAGCAGACGGAAAGAUGGAGGUGUCUGAGCUGGAGCAGCCGAUGGACGAGGGAGAUGGAGUGGCACUGAUGGAUCCUGACUUCCCUGAGGACACGCUGCCAGAAAAACCUGCUAAUGUGGUUCAGCCCAUGUUCAACAUGGCGGAGUACCACCAGCUGUUUGUAGGGACAGAGCGUCUGCGGUGUCCAGAGAUCCUGUUCCAGCCCUCGCUGACUGGAGAGGACCAGAUGGGACUGAUGGAGACGCUGCAGUACGUCCUGGCCAGGUACUCUCCAGAGCAGCAGGAGGCGCUGGUGAGCAAUGUAUUUCUGACAGGGGGGAACAUGCAAUAUCCCGGGAUGAAGGAGAGAGUGGAGCGAGAGCUGCUGGCUAUGAGGCCUUUCCAGUCACACUUCAAGGUGACCAUGGCAUCACAGCCAGCCCUGGACGCCUGGUACGGGGCAAGAGACUGGGCCUUGGAGAUCCACCUGGAGGAGGGGCAGCAGGAGGGAUGGAUCAGCAGACAGGAGUAUGAGGAGAAAGGAGGCGAGUAUCUGAGCGAACACUGUGCCUCUAACGCCUUCAUUCCCAUGAAGAUUGCCAAACCAGUUCCCGCUCGCCCAGCCGAGAGCUCCAUUACCACACUGACUUUAACUGGAACUUCUUCUGCCGUCUCCACGGUUACGUCUGCCCUAACUCCCUCCUGUUCUACUGUUGCUGCUGAUGUUUCUGUGGUUACCUCCUGAACUGAGAUCUCAGAUAUCAUGAGUCUUAUUUUGGGAUGAAGUGAAGUGUAUACUUUUUUGGUGGACCCUCUUUCAUCCAGUUCAACUUGUCUGCCUUUAUCAGUGUCUCAUGACUCCCAGCAUGCCUUUCAGCAACCCCCAGACAAGAGUUAUGAAAUUGUUGCAUUCAGUCAAAGGUCAAUAAGAUGUGUCUGGCCUAAACAUAAAUGUAACUGCAAAUUUUUUACAGUGUAAGGGAGUGGAUUUUUCCUUUAUGUACCAGUGAAGUCACCAUUCUUGAAUGUAGAAAUGGGAAUACACUUCCUGUCUGUUCUCGGUCUGCAGAGAGACCUCAUCUGUUCACUGUUUGUUUUUUGGUCUCCUGUGACUUUUGUGACUGGAAAUACUGUUUUGUUUUAUUUUCAUUUUGCCUGAAGAAACCACAAGAGACCGUUCAUGUUGAACAGCCAUCAAAUUAAUGAUCUUAAAAGUCCAGUGGGAAUAUUUUUGUGUAUCGUUAUGUAAAUAGAAUUUGCUGUUUGUACGUUUUUAAAAAAUAUAUAUAUUUUCACUGAUGGAAA